AUGGGCUGUGGGCUCCUCUUUCAUCUAUUAAAAUUGGGCUCUCUAGCCCAAUUGUUUAUCCACAGCCCAAAGUUCCCUUUAGCUCUUUGGAGUUCACAUCUGAGUCUGCUCGUCCGUCGUACUCAGGUUGUUGAUUGACCUUUUAAAGGGAUCAGUAGAUAGUUACUUUUCCCUGUGCAGUGGAAUUCAGAAAUGAGUUUGAUUUCACGACUGAGGCAUCAUGUGCCUGGUGUACUCUUGAGACAAUCUGUUCAAUCCAAUGUGGCUGACUUCUAUUUUGUUACCUCAACUGUUUUUACUCGAUGCUUUUCUCAGCAAGUAGAGAUUAACCAGAGAAAGCUUCCAGCCGAUUAUGAUCCUGCUACUUUUGAUCCUACCGAGCAUCGUAGUCCUCCAACAGAACGGGUAUGGGGGCUCGUAGAUGAAGUAUCGGGACUUACCCUGGUCGAAGUUUCUGAACUGUCUUCAAUUAUUAUGAAGAGGAUGGGCAUGACAGAGCCACCAGCGGUUGGAGUUAUGAAGCCAGGGGCUGCAGGAUUGGCAGCUAUGAAGGGACCCGAAGCAGCAGCUAAGGAGGAAAAGAAACCGGAGAAAACUGUUUUUGAACUUAAGCUCGAGUCAUAUGAGUCAGCUCAAAAGAUAAAGAUAAUCAAGGAGGUCCGGAGUUUUACUGAGUUGAAACUCAAGGAAGCAAAGGAGUUAGUCGAGAAGACUCCUGCUGUUUUCAAGAAGGGAGUAUCGAAGGAAGAAGGAGAACAAAUAAUUGACAAGAUGAAAGCUCUUGGAGCAAAAGUUGCUAUAGAAUGAUAAAUAUUUGGUUUGUUAUCAGGUUCUGGGUCAUGCUAUGUUGCCUGGGUCCUUUCACCAGCGGCAUGAACCUCAAGAUGACGAAGACUUGCCCUCUUCGAGUGGAUGAAGAUCGAAGAUGCGGGCAAGAUAUGCAUUUCUUCAGGAACGAAAAAAAAAAAUCGUUCGACUUUGAUUUGUUAUUUUGGCUUAAAUUCCUUGACUCCUGGAUACUCAAUCAAAUCCUCUUUUUUGAUAACUGAAUGCAUUUCUAUAGUUCCAUAUUUAAUAUUGCCUGUGUUUUUUGAAACUAAAAUAUGCUUCAUUAGGCUAUGCAGUUUAGUAGUUUACUUCUGUUUCGAUAUGUUGUUUGCAGAAUGCUUAGGCUUGACAUUAUUCCUUAUGCAGAACUCUUGGUUAGUAGUUAAUAGAAAGACUGAAUAAUACUGAAUUAGAUCAUUUACAUGACA